ACUAAUAAAGUUUAUUUGUAGUAUAAAAAAAAACAUUAAUUACUAAAAAAAAAGUAAAUUUUCUCGGGCUGUUGUACCCGGCAAGUACUGCAUAUGUACUCUCUCCUCAAUGCUCUCGUCAUAGUCUUUCCAUGUCUUCUCUCUAUAUAUAGUAUAUUACUUAACUCUUUCUCACUCUCUCUCUCUAAUUUUGAAAUAUAUCUCUCAUUAGUUUAAACCGCCGGAGACAAAAAAAAAAAUGAAGCAUCUCAUCCGUCGCCUCUCUAAAGUCGCCGACUCAUCCUCCGAAUUCUCCAUCCGCCGUUCCACCUCAUCCUUCCGCAACCGUCGCGGUCAUCACCGUCUCCACGCGCCGCCGCCUCAGUGGUCAAUUUAUCCGGCGAGAAGAGUCAACACCGUCCCCGCCGGUCACGUACCUGUCUACGUUGGCGAAGAGAUGGAGAGGUUCGUGGUUAGCGCGGAGCUUAUGAACCAUCCGAUUUUCGUCGGUUUGCUUAACCGAUCCGCUCAAGAAUACGGUUACGCUCAGAAAGGAGUUCUUCAUAUCCCCUGCCACGUCCUCGUGUUCGAGCGCGUGGUGGAAACGCUCCGGCUGGGAGCAUUCGAAGAGUCCGGUGAGGUACAGGAUUUCGUGGCUUCGUUGCUCUCCGGUGAUGAAUUGAUACCUGAAACUACAGAGUAGCUUUUCAAGAAUAAUAAUCCAAAUCGGCGAUUUGAUAUUUUCUCCUUUUUUUUUUUUUUUUCGUUUUUUAUUUUACGAUUUUGUAAAUACACACCAGUUUUUUUUUUUUUUACUUCUUCUAUAUUUGGUUACUUUAAUCUCUGUUUUAGCCGAUCAAGAAACAUAAUUUUCGUAUAGUAAUCAAAUCAAAUCGAAUAUGAAACUGCAGAAAUUGAAACGCU